GAUGGCCGAGAGUCCGGGACGAAAGUGAGGGAGGAAACAAAAACAGUGGCGAGCUAUCGUUGCCGCAGAUGGCAGACCUGUAGAGCUCCUGGAGACAAGUGAGUGCGGAGAUAAAACGAGGAGGGGACCGCUUUGACAGAGUCCAACCCGCAGCUGACGGAGCGUUUGUCUGGACGCCUGCGAGCUAGCAAGCUAACCAUGCUAGCUGGCUGACAACACCGAUAACGAGAGAAUAGGCUUUGAGAAAGUGACACCGAGGUCAUUGUGAAAUAAAUAGUUAUUGCUACGUCUUCACGGAAUAAGAAUUGUUGCAGCGGGAGGACUUCUGAAGAGCGGGAAAACGGAUUUAAUGCGCUAUAGCUAACUAGCGCUGUUAGCCUGUUGGUUAGCACGCUAACAUUGCGGAUUUCUUGUUUGCAGCUUCGGAGUUAGCAUUAGUCUGUUGGCUGGCUCAGCUGGGUUUUUUUGGGGGGGUGACUUGGUACACCAGCGCGUGAGGGAAGGACAUAUUUCUCUCUGCGUAGAGUUACAUUACACGGUGAGACUUUUUUUUAAAUAGGCCUGGAGGACUGCUAACAGCCGGGAGUGUAAACAUUAAGCCGAAUCGAGGAGCUCUCAGCCCGGCGUUGUCGGACGAGGAUUAGCAUCAUCAUGGCCCACUCUCCUGUCCAGACUAACCUGCCGGGGAUGCAGAAUAUCAAAGCGGACCCGGAGGAGCUGUUCACCAAGCUGGAGCGCAUCGGCAAGGGCUCCUUCGGCGAGGUGUUCAAAGGCAUCGACAAUCGCACCCAGAAAGUGGUGGCCAUCAAGAUCAUCGACCUAGAAGAGGCGGAGGAUGAGAUCGAGGACAUCCAGCAGGAGAUCACGGUGCUGAGCCAGUGCGAUAGCCCCUUCGUCACAAAGUACUACGGUUCAUACCUAAAGGACACAAAGUUAUGGAUCAUCAUGGAGUAUUUAGGCGGAGGCUCUGCAUUAGAUUUGUUGGACGCUGACACCAAUAGAAAGACGGAAAGGAAAAAUGGAGGGAAAAGAAAAAUGGAGCCCGGCACUCUGGAUGAGACCCAGAUUGCCACGAUCCUGAGGGAGAUCCUCAAGGGGCUGGAGUAUCUGCACUCUGAGAAGAAGAUCCACAGAGAUAUCAAAGCUGCCAAUGUGCUGCUGUCCGAGCAAGGAGAGGUGAAACUGGCGGAUUUCGGGGUGGCGGGCCAGCUCACCGACACACAGAUCAAACGCAACACCUUUGUGGGCACGCCCUUCUGGAUGGCCCCCGAGGUUAUCAAACAGUCAGCAUACGACUCAAAGGCUGAUAUCUGGUCUCUGGGCAUCACGGCCAUCGAGCUGGCGAAAGGCGAGCCGCCCCACUCAGAACUCCAUCCCAUGAAGGUUUUAUUCCUCAUCCCAAAGAACAACCCGCCCACACUGGAGGGCAACUACAGCAAACCGCUCAAGGAGUUUGUUGAGGCCUGUCUCAACAAAGAGCCCAGUUUUAGGCCAACUGCCAAAGAGCUGUUGAAGCAUAAGCUGAUUGUUCGCCAUGCGAAAAAGACUUCCUACCUGACUGAGCUGGUGGACAAGUACAAGAGGUGGAAGGCAGAGCAGUCCAGAACCACAGAGUCGAGUUCUGAUGAGUCUGACUCAGAGCAGGACGGGCAGGCGUCGGGCGGGAACGACUUCGGUAGCGAUGACUGGAUCUUCACCAUCAGAGAGAAGGACCCCAAGAAGCUGCAGAACGGGGAGGGACAGUCGGGGGCAACAGAGACAAAAGACAUUCCAAAGAGGCCUUAUUCACAGAGCCUGGGCACAGUCAUCUCUCCUGCAUUAGCCGAGCUGAAGGCCAGACAGGAGCAGGUGAACGGGAACCCCAUGGUCCUGGACGAGCUGAGAGAGGCCAUCCUGCUGGCUGAGGAGUCCUACCCCGGCAUCGCCGACUCCCUGGUGGCUCACAUGGUCAACAGGCUCCAGAGUUUCUCCACAGGCAGGACGUCCUCCUCCUCCCCUUAGUGACCCGGCUCUCCGGCCCAGCUCUGCUCUCCCAGCCCCCCCUCCCACCUCCUCCCUCCACCUUCCCCCCCAACACCACAGCCAGGUCAGAGGGUUAAGAGUCAGGGGUCACAUCAUUCAAUACCAGCUGACCGUGUUUGGCCUCCCUUGUGAGCGUGGGGCAGGGGGGGGGACGCUAACCUAGCCUGUAAAAAUUAUUGAACUCCAAACACUCAAAGGAGGAAAACCAGAAACUCUGGAGAGCUUCUUUUAGUCACUUACAAGAGGAGAAGUUGAUGGGGGGGAGAGGAAGAGCUGGGGGGGGCAGCAGAAGCUACUGAAGCAUCCUGCUGUGGACCCUGGAGCGAUGGGACAUAAAGUCAGAGCAACCCGCCUGAAAAAAACAGCCAAGUCAGACUCUAAGCUCUGUGUAUGCCAGACUUCUCCAGCCUCACACCGCAGAGUCUCCACAUGGAGGAGAGCUGAAAUAACCCCCCCCAACCCCCCACCGCCAAAAAAAACAAGACAAGACUUCAAUCCCCCUUUUAAUGCAGGCAUCAUAUCCCCGGAACCUCUGAAAAGCAUGCUUGAUGAACCUGCAGGGAUAUUAUCUUAGUGUGCAAGCUGCGUGUGUGUGUGUCUGUCUGUCUGUCUGUCUGUGUGUGUGUGUGUGUGUGUGUGUGUGUGUGUGUGUGUGUGUGUGUGUGU